CUCUAAACAUGGUUCCGUCACAAAUCACUCGCCACGGGUAGUGUAGAAGCUGUUCUCCGGCUGGACUAUUUGAAUCCGAUUCCAUCCCGCUUUCGAUAGAACGUGCAACACCACGAGAGACUCUUGAAAAAAUACACAUUUUCGUCCGUUCAAUAUAUGUGAACCUUUCUGUAGUAAACGAACGCGUGUUUUGUAGGAAUGAUAACACAAAAUUUUCGAAUGAUAAUUGUAGAGACACAGUGCUUGAUAACGGAAAGUAGCCAUUCUUGGACCCAGAAUGAUAGAGUAGACACUCGUAGUCAGUGGACUUAUGAUAUUCGAAGCAAUAGUUACCACGAACCAGUCUAGUAUUCCGAUCGGCAAAUCUUUGUUUGCGUCCCUCUACACAUUCUGUCGAUUAUUCGCAGUCCGCAGCGUUAGUGGUUAGUGCGUACGCGACCUUAGUUUCUGACGAGUCAACACACCGAGAGACGAUUGCGGGGAUGAAUGCGGUAGAAAUAUUGAAACAAGUAAAGACGUCCUGCCAAGCAAACGUCCUGUCCUAUUAGAAGGGAAUCCGGUAGCCCGUAGCAUAAAUUCUUGAGAAAAACAAUCCGAUUUUGGGCAUUCCAAUCAUUCCAAUAGAUGCUUUUACAGCUCAACAUUGUCAAUGUGGUAUGUGUCGUAUUGAUAAUAAUGAGAUAGAAAAACACACUUUUCCUUCACAUCACGUGAUUGCUAAGGCAGAUUAUAUUCCAUUCAAUAUUUCCAAACGAAACCUACAAAGAGAUAGUGUUACAAUCGACUCAAUUGCUGAAGGAAACCGACGAAAUGAAUGCUUCGGUCGCUAAGAAGGCUAUGUAGUGCUUAGCUGAACCGAAAGCAACAUAAAUGCGACAUUCGGAACGAACGCGGAACCAUCUUUGGUAACAAAGUCUACUAUAAUUGUCGAAUGGUUUUUCUAGUGAGGAAUUUGUGUUGGAGUGUUUUGCUAGUGGCUGUGGCAAGCUUACAAGCACGAAGCAGCCUAAAGCAUGCCCAAAGCAUUUCUAAAUUUAACUUAAGGGGAAAUGGCGAUGGACACUGAUUUCGUUGUAACACUGUCUCUUUUGGUUUUCCGUGGCAGCACACGUGACACCAUGAUAUUGAAGAUCACACUUAAACCAGCAUAUUACUCUUAUCUAAGCAUCAUGAGCAAAUUUUACCCUUUUCCCGGCAGUUUUCUUCUCCACCGGUAUGGAAGAUGCGUCGAGCUGUCGAGUGGUUGCGUAGUAGUAAUAUGGUCAGUAGGGCGAAGCCAGAAAAUUGGUAAUCAGCGAGGGUAGAAAUGUGGAUAACGAACUACCUUGAGCACAUGUAUUAUGCAGGUCAUUCCAAAAUUAUACGUCUGAUAGCGAGGGAAUUGCAGUACGGAGGAGGCUAGCGAAAACGUGGUAGCUGCGUUGACGAUGGUACGAUGUUGCUCAUGGUAACAGAAAAGCAAAUGCGAAGAAUGUGCAAUAAGAGGAUCCGACGUCGAAAAGAAGUCUUUGGAUUUAUUUUUUCUCUACAUUUUCAUUUGGUUUUGCUGAACGAGCACGAGUAUAACAUCCGCGUUCUUCAUUUAUUGCAAUACGUAUUAGGAAAGGAAUCGAGUGAAGACUAAACCCGUGAACCGAACAGCAAUAUAUCAAAAACCCAUGCCCGUGAACGCUACUUAUGUAAGGGAAAUGAACGUAGGAUGUAUCAAGGCGAGUUUUCUCUUGUGGUUUUCUCGGUUUACCGCCUCAUAUCCUCGAUAGCGAUGUUAGCUGUAACCUAUUUUAAAAAUAGAAAAUUUAUUGUGAUUUAAUUAAGCACAGAGGAAAGUCAGCAGAGAGGACGAAAGCGGAUUGAAGUUACGCCUGGAGAGCGGGGCGUGUGAUUUAGCUUUUGAGUGUAUCCUGCGUGUGUGCGUGUAUGUGUUUUGUAUUUAGUUAAGUUAAAAUAUGUGUUGCCUCGUUCGCGCUCAAAAUGUUGUGUAUAUGAUUGUGAUUUCUUUUCCUUUUUAAUCAGAAUGAGAUUCAUAUCGCCGUGUAGGAUAUCAAAGAAGCGCCGUGUCGUGUGGUAAUGUUAGCAAUGGUGUGCUAGACCAGCGGAGCAGCAUAAAGCAAGGCAUAUUAUAAAUGGAUAACAACGGCCACGGUUCCUUCGUUAAAAACUCACACAUGUUACAACUCACACACUCUUUGCACUAGCAGCUGAGGUAGCACUUGGCACAAUUGAUGCAGAGGCCAGCAGAAUUUUCGCUUUGCUAAGCACGAAAACCACUCAUAGACAGCGAAACAAAGUAGCUUACGACUGGUCAGCCACGUAUCAAAUCAAAAAAGCCAACCCCGUACAGAAUUGGCGCAUUCUAAACCUUCUACAAUACGUGCGCGUUACGUGUUAUGUUAAUGUUUGUUUAGUUAUGAUUAUUUUUAACUAAUACUACAACAACAACAACUACUACUACAAACUAGCGAGGCGCUUUAUUUAGAGUAUAGACACUUUACUUUAUGUAAAUAAUAAAUCUAUGGCUUUUACCGGAAGGUUGUUGAUCAUCAGAAGUAAAGAGAACUAUUCAUAUCAUUUCACGGCGAAAUUCGGGUGCUCGGCCCAGUUCCACCGGAUUUGUUUCGUGUUAUGUUUAUCCGCUUUCGCCGCCGACUAUUUUCAUCGCUUCAACGCAAGAGUGUGAUUUCGUUAAGAGACUUCUUUCUUUCUCAUAUUCAUUGUUGCUAGAGUCAUAAAACCGCACUAACUUCCGUCUUAUCUGGAUUCUCGUGUUCUUAUCCUGUGUGCGCGACGCAAAAAGGAGCUCUAGUAAGGAGUAAUAAAUAAAGUUGUGUAAAGUAACUGGGAGAUGGUUGUCUUGGCUGGUUGGUUGAUUGGUUAUCGAUCAUCGAAUCGUGGUGCACCAUCCAAGUAAACAAAAGUCCGAUGGAAAUUUUUCCUAGUCCAUAAGUAAGACAAACAAAAGCUCUAAUAAAAAUACCCCAUUCCGUCGCACAUCCCUCCUGCCCUGAGCGAAGAAUAAAAAAUAUACAAAAAUUAUAAUGAUUGAUAUGGCCAUUCGGGUAGCAAAAAUAAAUGAACAAACACAAAAGCAAAGAAAUCUUUGAACAAUUAUCCCUUCUAUGCAAUCGUCAGCUAGCAGUAGAUAUAGGGAUACCCGGAUGAAUCAGAGACAGAGAGAGAAAGAGAGAGAGAGAGAGCGGAAGUGCAACAUUUAUGAUGAAGAUAGAAAAAGAAAGAAACACAAAUAGAAAAGAACACAAAACAACAAAAAAAGGCCAGUAAUGGAAAACAAAUUCAGCAAAAUCUAUUUUUCUAGACUAGUUAUCAAUAUUUGUCGUAUCGUGUGGCACAGCGUAGGCUGUGUGUGUGUGCAUGCACGUUUAUGUGUGUCAGAGGGACAGGUCCGUUGGAGAUGCUGCUAUUGUUGAAGGAGAGUAAAGUUUAUUGAUACAAAACACAGCUUGCUAUAAAUAAAUGAAAUUGAAAAAAGUCCACAUACAAGACCACUUGGAGUGGAGUUAGCGCAAUCGAAGCAACCAUUGCCAGAGAGGGGACUUAUUCAAAAUAUUGGGUGGUAAACGUAUAUUGAAACACAAAAAACACUCCUUCUCACUUUGGCACUCAUUCAUGGAACGAAUGCUGGUCACACUGCAGAAAAGAGGGAAAGAAUCGUCUAACAAAGAUGCAGCAGAGCUACGAAAGAUGGCACAUCUAGUCAUAAAAAGAUCCUUAUCACGUGGUGGGAAAUUGAUGGUGAGCUAAAGGAGAAAGAAAAGGGCGCCAACUCUCGAGGGAAGGGAAGAAAGUGUGCAAGCACAGGGCGGUCACAUGGCGAUUAGCAUUAUAAUGCAAAACAACAAAACAAGAACAUCAAACAAAAAACGAAACAAAGAUUAAUACUUAUAAUGAAUACUGCUUAUUAUGUAAUUAUAAUAAAAAAAUAGUCGCGAGUCGAACAC